AGUAUUGUCAUGUGUACAGAGUACAGGCAAAUACAUGCUUGUGUGACCAGCGUGGCAAGUUUUGCCACUCUCAGCUGCCCUGAUCAACAAGGAUUCUUACAUGGCAUGCCCAUUAGAUACCCAUCCACUGCAAACACGUCUCCAGUGGAGUCUAAAGCCAGGCUUGCACUAAACAUCAUGAAGAUGGAUAUAUCUUGAGUUUGAGUGUAUAAUGGCAAGACCACCCAGAUCCUCCCAGUGUCAUGGUGGUGGACUCACUCCUCAGUGGCAAAGCUAAGAGGAUGAUUUUAUACAAUCAAGCAAUCUGUGAAAAAUUUCUGUAAAAUGGAUGCAAUACAUGGGAAUGCAACGCAACCAUAAAAAAGCAUUCCUUUAGCCCUGGCAGCUUUCAGCCCAGAGAGGCCAUAGGAGGAGCAUCGUCAACCUCCUCCUCUAACUUUCACACUGGUGCAGAAAGCAGGUGCUGUCUACAUGAGAGGGGCUUGUGUACAUUACUGUGAGAAAAGCCAGACGGUGGGAAGGAUACGUGGUAUAAACAGCUGGGGGGAGAGAUUUCCUCACAGGCACUUAGCAAGCGUGCGCACAGAGCACUCCAGCACGAAGAUCACAGCAGCAGGGCAGAUAUUAACCUCUGCAUCCAGUGAAGGACAAUAUUGGAGAGGCCAGUGGCUGGUGUCGAUGGGUGCAGUAUGAGUUGUCCAUCCCGAACUCACCCACUUAUACAGCGCUCCUUCUCUCUCUCCUCCAUCUUCUCCAUAUCUCACCAUUCCCUGGGUGAAGUUCUGCCAGGCCGGAGCCAUUGGAGCGACCAGUCAUCCCCCCUGCAGAGCUUGGCUGCUGAACAGAAGACCUACAACCUGCAGGAGUUGCUCCCACCCAGCAAGGUGGGCUGCCGGUACAGUCGGAAGAAUUCACAGGCUCUCUUAAAUCCAGAUUUAGCAGCUGCCCAGGUUUCUUCUAAGGCCAUCAUCACUGGAAGCUUCUCUGAUUGGACAAGCAGCAGCAGCAGCAGCAGUGGCAGCGGCAGCAGCAGCAUGAGCUACCAGGUGGCUGAACAGAAGACAUGUGAGGUUACUGAUCACCAGGGAGACAGUGAGGAAAGUGAUGAAGAUAACUGCACCAGGGACUUGCUGGCCACCUCUUGGGAUGACCUGUCCAUCUUGGAACGUCUUGGCCUCAGCAGCCUGCAGAUGACUGAAGUGGAGGCAGAGACUGCUUUUGCUCAGCUUUCGCUGGCAUUCAAGUGUGACCAGUAUACCCUGAAGAAGAGGCUGCAGGUUGAGGAAAGGGCCCGUGAUGUGGCAGAGGAGAACAUCAAAAGGGAGUUGGAGGCUGGCUGCACCAUAUUGAAGACUCUGAAAUCUCUGUGUCCCGAUAAGAAACGGCUUGAAGUUUUACAGCAGCUGGAGCUCAGCCUACAGAUCUUGUCAAAUGCCAUUGGACGUAUCACUUGCACUGCAGAACUGCUGGGAGCAGUCCACCAGGAGGCCAGAAUGAGCCGUGCCGUGGAGCUGAUGGUAGUUCAUGUGGAAAAUCUCAAACGACGUCAUGCAAAGGAGCAUACAGAGCUUGAAGAGACAAAGAGGCUUGUUCAGAGAAAUGUCCACAGCCGCAAGCUUAGUGACAGCAGAGAUGAAAGUGAGACACGUCAAAAGCUACAGCGGCCCUCACUCCAGCACCCUGUGAGAAGAAGAGUGAGCAUUGCAGUUAUUCCUAAGCACCUGCAGCAGUCGCAGAGCUCUGAAGCAAAAAUAGUUGAUUCCGGGAAAAUCAAAGACGGUUUGGAAUCUCUAGAAGUGACGAAGGAUGUGAGCCAAGAUUGCAGCAGGUUUCCUCUUCAUAGUUCCACCAAGGACUCCCAUGCUAACUGUUCCCAGAUGCCCCUCAUAUUCUCCCUGUCCCCAUCACAACAAGUGGUUUCCUCUGACAGUCAAGAUGAAGAUGAUGACAAAUGUGUGAAUAGGUGGAGUUACUCUCAAAAACUGUUACCAAGUCUAUUCUGCAGACAGGCUCAAUGCCGUCAGCUCCUGCUGUGGGUACUUAUCGGUAUGGCAUCCUGUGUCCUGCUGGUGGCCUUCUUUUCCUGGUUAUAUCCAUGUAUUGGCUUUAUAGGCUGAACUUUGAGGCUAUAUAUUUACUCAUAUUCAUCCUGUUAUAUUCUGAACCUUUAAU